CGCGCUGGGCUCCGGGCGGGCGGAGCUGCGGGGUCCCAGCAUCCCGGCGGGCGCGGACCCGGACCCGGCCCUGGGGAAAAGCAGUUGCUGUGCCUGGGCGUCCGCAGGGCCUGUGUCCCUCUCGGCUGGUCCGCGGCAGAGCCGUAGCCGGUUACCUGCGCCCUCCCUCCCCGCGAAAGGGGUUCCCGGGGUUCCCCGCGAAGGGGGUUCCCUGUUUAAAGACGAGAAACCUGCCAGGCCGCGUCUCUUUUCUCCAGAAAAGUCAUUGUCGUGGUUAUUCGAAACAGUUGCUACUUGGUGCUGUGGUUUCUGUUUAUUCUGCUCACUCGCCUGUUCAAUUCAUGAAACGUUCUCAGCAGGGAGGAAACAUUAACAUUAGGAGAUGGCAGAAGCAGCUUUUCAUCCCCCAAGAAGGAAAAGAAGAGUUUUUGAGUCAUAUGAGGCUCCCUUUCCUGUGGAUGUAGGUGGGAAGGAUUUCAGAAUAUGCCAGGCUGAAAUCCUCAACAACAAUGUUAUUGUGAGGAACCCUGAAGAUAUCGAACAGCUUUAUAACAAGGGCUAUUUUGGAAAAGGUAUCCUGUCAAGAAGCCGACCAGUGUACAGCAUUUCAGACCCUGUGCUGGUUACUAAGUGGCAAGGUGCUAACAGAAACAUGCCUAUAAUUACAUCCAAAAAGUACCAGUAUCAUGUUCAGUGGGCUAAAAGUGUUUUGCAAGAGCAAGGAUUUGAUGACUGCUCAGUUGCCCAGAUUCUUGAAAAUUACACUAAACCUCUUGAGCUGCCAGUUUUGGAAGGGGAUGGAGCUGAACAAACAGGGAACAGUUGCAACAGAAUGAGCCCAAGUACAGAAACCAAAGGACUUUCCAGACAAGCAUCUGCAGACACUGGAAAUGCAGUAGCCCCAGGUCUUGAGAAUCAGAAUGAAGGCUCCAAGAAAGCCCUUUUGGAAGGAGAUCCUGUGCCCACAUGUGCACAGGAGCAAGGUGACUUGAAAGAGGCAGCUGAAGUGUCUUGCCAGAGGCGUGGUGAAAUGAUCCAGUCAAAAGAGUGUGCUCCAGAAUAUGUCUUGGUGCAAGAGGAAGAGGAAAGUAGCUUAUGUCCUGAAGAUGACUCUGCUCAUGCACAAGAAAAUCUUGUCAAGAAGGAAAAACUAGUAUGCAGAAAGAAUCCCUUUAGGAUUUUUGAGUAUUUACAACUCAGCUUGGAAGAGGCUUUUUUCCUGGUAUAUGCUCUGGGGUGUUUAAGUAUCUACUAUGGUGAGGAGCCCCUGACUAUUUUGAAGCUCUGGGAAGUGUUCAGUGAAGUGAAGCCCAAUUUUAAAACUACCUACAUGGCAUAUCACUACUUCCGCAGCAAGGGCUGGGUCCCCAAAGUUGGGCUCAAGUAUGGAACUGAUCUCUUGCUGUAUCGAAAAGGCCCCCCCUUCUACCAUGCAAGUUACUCUGUUAUUGCUGAAUUGGUGGAUGAUAACUUUGAAGGUUCUCUUCGCAGACCACUCAGCUGGAAAACCUUGUCUGGGCUGAACAGAACAACUGUUAAUGCUUCUAAGGAGCUGAUGUUAUGCUAUUUGAUUAGACCAUCUGACAUGACUGAAAAGGAGAUGUCCACACCAGAGUGUAUGAAAAGGAUUAAGGUUCAGGAGCUGAUUGUAACUCGUUGGGUGUCUUCCCGUGAGCGCAGUGAGCAAGAUGAGCCGUAACUGGCUGCACAGGGAGUUGGCUUUGAACGCAUGUCUUGUGUUUUACUUGAUCUUCUCACCAUGAACUGUUGCCUCAGAACAGUUUCUAUCAACAUACUCAGUUGCUGUGUAUAAAUGCAAAUGAAAAUGAGGCAUGUCCUGUUUGCUGGAGAGAGUGUUGUACUGAAAACCAUAACUGAACCAUAAUAAUGCACUUGGGGAGGGAAUAAA